ACCUAUGGGUAUGUCUCUACAGCAAUAGAAUAAGGGAGGUUUCAAAGCUCACUGUCUUAAUUUCUGUCACCGACCAGCGCACUUUUUACCUAUUACUGUCAAAUCAUUCACUUGUUCACAAAAUGCACAACAUUACGUUUAAAGAAACACUGUUUAAUUUUAUUAAAACGUUGAAACUUGUAAAUUUUACAUUCUAAAUAAGGCAUAGUUAUAUUUUACUUAGGUGUAAGUAACCGACAAUAAAAUUAAAACAACCUAUCCAAGGUGUACCAUAAAGUGGUUUAUUAUAUAAGUGUUAAUAUAUAUUUAACACAAUGGUUUAGGAGACGUUGGUUUCGCAGUGUAUUAGCGUCUUUAAUGUUAUGUUAAUAUGGAUAAUUCAACAGAAAAUUGGGACCCUGCUCUUACUCGCCUCUUAUCUUCACUAAAGGAAGUUCAGUCAGAUGGAGAAGAUGUAGCUUUCUUAAGUGAACUGCUUCAGUCUAAGCAGCUACAUGCACUUGUUCAAGUACAUAAUAAAAUUGUAGCAGCACAAUGUAAAGAUGAUAAAUUCUAUCCAUUACUCUCUAAUGCAAUGCAAGUAACGCUUGAGGUGCUACAAAUGUUUAGUGAGGUGGUGAUAAGUUCAACUGAAUAUAAAGAGCUUUUGAAGUUACUGCAAAAGCCACAUUUCCAGGCAAUACUCUGUACUCAUGAUGCAGUGGCCCAAAAAGAUUAUUAUCCUCACUUGCCAGACAUACCUGCUGAUGCUGAUGAUGAAGAGGAAACCGUAAAAAUUGUUCAACUUGUUAAAAGUGAUGAACCAUUGGGUGGAGCUCAGAGUGCAGAGCCAAUAGUGGGUGCUACUAUAAAAACAGAUGAAGAAACUGGGAAAAUUGUUAUAGCCAGAGUCAUGCAUGGUGGUGCUGCUGACCGUUCAGGUCUUAUUCACGCGGGUGAUGAAGUUAUAGAGGUUAAUGGAAUUAGUGUUGAGAAUAAGUCGCCGGCGGAUGUACUUUCGAUCUUGGUAAGGUCCAAUCAAAGUUCUGAAGGGACAAUAACUUUUAAAUUAGUACCAUCUUUUGGCAAAGGUGGUUCAAGAGAAAGUAAAGUAAGAGUAAGGGCUCUGUUUAAUUAUAAUUCUGCUGAAGAUCCAUAUAUUCCAUGCAAAGAAGCGGGUCUUAAUUUUAAGAAAGGUGACAUCCUGCAUAUUGUUUCUCAAGAUGAUGCCUAUUGGUGGCAGGCUCGCCGUGAAGGUGAUAGAGUUAUGAGGGCGGGGCUAAUACCGUCAAGGGCUUUACAAGAGGGGCGAAUCAUACAUGAGCGUCAAACCGAACCACAAACGGUAGAUGGUAAACCCGCCCUGUGCAGUCCGUCUGCGGCUAAUUCAGACUGUGGACCAAAAACUCCUUGUUCACCUACACCGAACGCUACCGCCCUAUUGCCCUGCAAGUCUACGCCCAAAGUUAAAAAAAUUAUAUACGAUAUAAAAGAAAAUGAUGACUUCGAUCGGGAAAUGAUUCCGACUUAUGAAGAGGUCGCCAGAUUGUAUCCACGACCAGGUCUUAUCAGACCCAUUGUGCUGGUCGGUGCUCCGGGUGUCGGACGCAAUGAGUUGCGGAGGAGGCUGGUAGCAACCGAUCCAGAGAAAUAUGUCACUCCAGUACCAUAUACAUCUCGUGCUCAGAAGACCAGUGAACAAAAUGGGAAAGAAUACGUCUUUGUUACGCGUGAGAAAAUGGAACAAGACAUUUCGGAAGGAAAGUUUAUAGAGCACGGGGAAUACAAAGGAAAUCUAUAUGGAACAUCAGCAGAAAGUGUAGAAACUAUAGUAAACUCAGGGCGGGUAUGUGUGCUGAGUCCUCACUGGCAAGCUUUAAAGAUGCUGCGAACCCCGAGACUGCGGCCCUACAUUAUAUUUAUAAAACCACCUUCGCUAGAGACACUUUCCAAAACCAGGACGGCUGCCAACGCGCGCUCGACGUUUGACAAGGAGUGCUCGAGAGCUUUUACCGAAGAGGAGUUCGCGGAUAUCAUAAGGUCGUCGAAUCGUAUUAAUUUUCUGUAUGGCUACAUGUUUGACGAGGAGAUAGUGAAUGAAGAUCUGGCUACCGCCCUUACGCAGCUUAUCAAAAUGGCCUGGCGUGUGCAGUCCGAGCCGCUUUGGGUCCCGGCGGCAUGGGUGCAGUAAGAUGUAUCCGGUUGUAACGUUAGAUUUAGUUAGUUGAAUACUAGUCAAAUUUUUGUUCGGUUAGGAUUUUUAGAAUAAUUUUGUUAAUUAUUUAUAGAUAUUUCUAUAUUUUAUUUCUUCUCUGGUGUAAUUUUUAAUAGGUUUCUUAUAAAUCGAUUAUUUUUAUUCAAAAAACUUAUUUUGUCCUUUUGAUGUAAAAAUGUGUAUAUACUCGCGUUUUCAAUAUUCAAUGUAUGUGUUCUCCUAGGUAUAGAUAUAUUUAUUUAUAUAAAUUAUUAAUCGUCCUCUGUGUGCGUACUCAAACCCAGGUAAACUCCAAUGCUUUAGACCCGUAUCUGUAACUAAGCAUUUUAGAUGUAUUCCUUUAAUAAUCAUUCAUAUUAAUUUGGAUCGAUGCAAUUGUAAAGUGUUAGUAAAUGCAACUAACUUAAUAAUACAGCUGCAAGCCAGCGACGGAGUAUUAUAUUAUAUUAUAUGAAUAUCCGAACUAUUAACGGCAAACUAUACAUGAAGCAUUGAGCCAUAUAGUGCGAAGGAAACUUAAUACGUUACAAGCUCGUAGAAAAUUCUCAAAGCUCACGAUAAUCGUUUUAAUUAUUCAUGUAUCAUCAAAUCACAUUAAUCCCUAAAUUUAAUAAAUACUCAUGUCUUCAUGCCGUACUAUAUAGCUUUAUGUAACGAAAUUAUUUUAUUAUAAUGUAACUUAACUGAAUCAAGAAAUCUCUUCAACUCGUCUCAAGUAUUCUAUGUAUUGAUGAUUGUCUCACUAUUUUUCUUAUUAUUUCACUAAUCUAUUUAUAUAUUUCGUAGAAUUAAGGAUAUAUAUUCAUUAGGUGAUGUAUUGCUAACUAUGGUGUAUCAGUUUGCAAUAAUAAUUAUUAGAUUAUUUACUAUUCAUAUUAUAAUUCGUAUUAUUACUUGAACUUACUUUACAAAACUCGAUACACGAUGGAUCCUCUACUCGAAGAAGACCUCAGUUCUUACAUUGUGUGUUUUGUUUCUAGUCAUCAUAACUAAACUCUCGCGCAGUAGGACUCUCAACGGUUUCUACCUUUCAACAACACAUAAAAAAAUCAAUCUAGUUUAAUAAAAAAAGUAAUAUGUCAAAAACAUUAGAAGUAACUCGAGCGCCUCUAUUUAAUCUUCUAGGAAUGCGACAUUAACGUGUUUUUAAUAAAAAUCGUAUAAUAUAUUUUUAUCGUAAUCUUCGUAUUUAGUAUGUAAACGUGUUAAGGGUUGAUCGACAGUCCCCGCACUCUAUCGCUAAAGGCAAACGAACGGUAGUUGUAAAUACAUAGCUCGUACAAGAGUAUAUUAUCUUAGUCAAGUAAGUACUGUAUAUUAUAAGACAUUUUCGAAAUUGCUUUGAAAACGUAGUUGUUAGAAUAGGGAUUUAUAUCCAAGGAUUCAAUCGCAGCAAAUAUUUACUAAAAUUUUAUUAAUGAUAUUUAGAUAAAUACGGUAUGUGAGAGUGAAGUUGAUGUUAAUAAAUUAUAAUAAGAAAAUGUAUUAAUAUUGAAAUGUUAGUAAAAAAAAUGUUGGGUUGUUUCCUAAAAUAAAACAAUUUAGAUUUAUUUUGACGCAACAAAACGCUGGUCGGGAAGGCACCCAAGAAGAAUGAUAUAGUAAAUUCAAGUAUCCAAUCGGGAUUAGCUUAGUUACCGACAUUUUAAAAAUUCGAAGGAAAUCAGGGCAUAUUGAAAUCAAUUAAUAUAUAACAAAUAUCGGAUAUUUAGAAAAAUAACUAGAAAUCUAUGAAUUGUAUGAGAAUAAAGACAACUACGACUGAAGGAAACUACAAAUUAAUAAAAAAGGCUUAAUAAAAUAUUUACAAUAAUCACACUUAUUUUAAAUGAUUUUAGAUACCUAUUUUUCAUUCAAUAAAAUAAUUUUGAAAUAACUCGCGAUAGAAAAAAAAAACGAUCUAUAAAUAUCCGAUAGUGAUUGCCGUAACGAUAGCACUAAUGCCAAGUUUAAUUGAUGAUUAAUAAAAAUGUUUCAAAUCUUUAAUUAAUUUUGAGAAACGCGUCAUGAAAAAACAUCCAGUAAUGAUCGCUUUAGCGCCAUUACGUUAGCACUGAUUUCAACUCACAAAUAUAACAAUUCCUAAAAAAUAUAUUGAAUUGAGUAUUAAAACUUUUUCUAGUCUUUAGGUUAGACAAAAGGAAACAACCUAAUUCGAUGUGCUUAUUUAAAAAAAAAAAAAAAACUGUUAUGAAUGUUCAACUAAAUGUAGAGUAAUAAUUUGGCUUAUUUAGAAUAAAUUCGGCCAAUACUUUUUCAUUCCUAAAUCUUUUUUAUAAUCUUUAUUAGAAAUAGAUUCAAGUGUAAUUUUACAUAAUGUUACUUAUUUAUAUUCAAUUCAGAUCAUAGAUUAGGAUCGAGGCAAUUAUAACAUUUUAGCAAAUGCAACUAACUUUAUAAUACAGCACCACUUGGAAGCCAGCGACGGAGUAUUAUAGUAUAUUAUGGGAAUAUCCGAGCUAUUUACGGCAAAUGCUACACACAGAUCAAUGAGCCAUAUAGUACAAAGGAUUUUAUAUGUAUUGUAAAUUCGUAGAAAAUUCGCAAAUGUUCAUGAUAAUCAUCCUCAUUAUCCAUUACCAAAACAUAUUAAUUACCAAAGUUUAAUUAAUACUUAUGUCUCCCUGUCGUACUAUAUAGCUCAAUGGUUUAUAUAAUAACAUGCUUAUAUUAUAAUUUAUUUAAAUAAAUCACGAAAUCUCUUCGAAUCAAAUAAUAUUUUCGGAUGUUUGGCUUAUUUAAACAUGGUAUAAUAAAUUCUAUCUGUACUUUUUCAAAUCCUAAUCUUCUGUAUAUCUUCGCUAGACAUAUUCGGAUGUUAAUUUUAUAUUUAAAUCAGUUCAUCGGGGCUUUAAAAUACCAACCCGACACUUGAACUUGUAAGUGUAGGUCUGAAUAUAAUAAAUAGACGGAAAGCGUAACUGUCGUUAAAUAAUAACUUCUCAAGUGUUUAAUACAGCUGUGGUCCAACUUGGCGCGCUGUGAUCGUUCGUUCGUAUAUCUUAGCUCUUCCAAUUUAUUAUAAAGUAAAAUUAAAUUUAUUAAAGUCUAUGGUAUAUUUGCUCGAUAAACAUAUUGCUUGGUAAUAUAUAUUUAAAAGGGAUUUCCAUGAUCAUACAUCUUAUUAAGGUUAAAUUUUUUAAUUAUAAAAAUAAAAUAUUUUAGGCUAUCUGAUGAAAUAGUAGAUUUCCUUAUUAAAAAUAUUUAAAAUUCAAAAUAUAUGUUAGUGAAAAAUUAGUUUUAUAAAUUAUAAUUGGUUUGUAGUAUAUGCUAUUAAAUUAUAACCUCAAUUACUAUUGUAUCCCAUAAAAGGAGUAUAUUUAUUCGUUAUUAAUAAUUUUAUUGUAUUUGUAAUUAGGUAUAUUUCUUAUAUAGGGUUACAUUGAUUAGAUUUUAUCCUAUACGUAAUUUUAUUAUAUAAAUUAAUUACAAAUCCUUAACUAUGAUUCUGGUGAUUUUAAAUUCAUUAAAUGUACUUAACAUAUUUUAAAUUCACUCAUUCAUUUAUUAGUUCCGUUCAUUUUUAAAUAUGUAUGUCAAAAUAUUUAUGGAAGUAAGUAAGUUCCGUAAAUAUUCACAUUGCUUUUUUCGCUCUGUUCACUUUCAGGGCAAUAUAACAAGAUGUUAUUUUUCAUCCACAUGAUAGCGGCACAUAGAAAUUGUUCCCAUUUUAUUCAAAUAGAUCUUUUGGGCGUUUCCUUUGAACAUCACAUUUGCUUAGAAUUAUUUAGAUUAUUUUUUCAAUGCGAUCUCGUGGAGUAGAAUAGUUUAGUAGUUUAUUUUUUAUAAAAAAAAACAAAAAAAAAAAAACAAAAACAUUCUAAUAGAUAAGUUAUAUUCAUAUUCGUAAUGAAAUAUAUUUAUAUUAUAUAGAUAUAUAUAUAUGAUAAUAAGUAAUCUUUUAAUAUUAUUGUAGUAUUGUUAAAAGCCAUCUAUCAGAUGAAUAAGUAGUAACUGGGUGUAAUGUGGGAAAGAUAUUUAGUGUUUAGUUGUAACGUUAAAACAUUGCUACAUGAUAUAUAGAUAUUAAAAUUGUAAUUUAAGAUCACAUACGAUUGCAAUGUUUUUUGUAUUUUCGAAAUUGUAUAUGAACCCCAGUGAUUGCAUAUGAGGGGUAGAGUCAAUGCUCCAGCGUGUUUCUCGACGUGCUGUGAUGCAUUUCAGUAAGCGAUACCUUCUGUUGUUCCUAAACUGAUAACGUCCUCUUGGUAAUAUAUUCGAUUUCAAUAUGUAUUGUUUUUAAUCAUUUUUGAUUUAUUUAUCUUCAUUCGGUUCUUAUUCUUUGCUUACAUACAUAAUUAAUCAUCAACGUAUCCAUCGCUCUUCAAUAUGUUUAAAUUUGUUUUCUUAAGCUUGACGAAUAGAAGGUGUCGCUUAUGGUUUUUUUUUUAAUAGUUUUUCUUAUAUAUCUGUGACUUUUAACGAAUCUUUUCUAACGGUCAAAACUUUUUAUAUGAAUACGGACGGCAACUAAUAAUAAUUAGAAUCUAUGUACGAUUAAAAUAAAUUAUAUGAAACCUGCAGGCUUUGUAAUGCGGUAAUUUGGUAAAUAGUUGUAAUAGAAAUCACGUCUCAUAUAAGUCUCUCGUAGUUCGGAUAUAGUAAUAGAGAUAGUUAAUAUUGCCUUCGCCGUGUGCGUCUCAAAUACGAACAUUAAUAUAUGCUUUCAUUUGGUUUUCUUUGCUCGUAUUUCUUGUAAAGUUUUCACUUUUAAUAUUUCUGUUGUAUUAGUAUGAGGAAAUGAAACGGCUCCAGCUCUUCAUUCAACAAUCUCUCACGAAUAUCUUUUAAAAGUCGUACUUCGUUAUAGUUCUUUUAAAGCUUCGGUUUUUUGUAUAUUCAAUCAAAGAUCUUCCAUUCGAUUCAGAGAUAACACUUUUCAAAACAACGUUAUCUUAAGUUAGUCACCGAUAUAAUAUUACGUUAAUACGGCAGAAGAAUAGGCACUAGUUUAUAAUUCCUCCACGUGUAUCUCCUGUUUAUUCUUUCCCUUUCUGGCUUUCGUAUUCGUAUUCAUGCGGUAUUUAGUAACGCGUAGGUCGUCUUGUUAUAAUAAUAAAAUAAUCUCGUGGAAAAACAGAUAAGAAUCGCGAUUUAUAAAAAAAAGAAGAAAAACAAAAAAAAAUGUAGUAAUUAAAACGUUCUACCCCAUUAAAGGGCAUCGUCGUCGUAGUGUGUUUGUAGCGGUUUUAGAAAUGAUAAGAUAAAAAUUGUUAAGGCGAUAUCGGUAAAUAUUAAAGCUUCGGCUUCUCAGAACUCAAAUCACAAUAUAUCCGUUAUUAUUCUUAGUCUCUAGGUUCACUCGAGAUAUAUUAAUGUGUAGGUAUUUUAGAGAAGGCUUCUAAUGUAGUGGUGUGUCGGAUAGCGCUUCAGUAUGUGACCCGACAUACUGGAGCAUGUCUAGUACUUGUAUGUAUCGAUUGCAAAUUUCCGUUUUUGAUUCGAAAUUUAAAAUGAUUACUUUACAAUACUUUAAUAUUACGUAAUAGGUUGGCAAACAUUUAGUUCACUGUAUGUUAUGAUUGACUUAUUCAACGAUGUGUGUGCAAUAGAUAAAGUAAGUAGGAAUAGGAAACUGUUUGUUCCAGCAACACGUUGUUAUAUUAAGUGGAGUCUGUGUCAAGUUUUUGUUAUUUUUGCGUUUAGGUAAUUUUUCUCUUUUUAUUGAAAACUCUUUAUAGAAUUUAAUUGUCUUUUUACAUUUUCUAUUACGCCUUUGCGGGAACAAAUGAAAAGCUCCUCAAUAAACAUAAAAACCGAUGCAUCUAUGUGGAAUAUUGGAAAGAUCAGAGAUAUAUUUGUAGAAUGUAGUUAAAAUUAAUACUUCUUAUGUUUAAUAUGAAAAUUAAAAGUAAUAUUAAUAUUUUAUAGGCUAAGUUUAUAAUAAUCAUAAAGGUUAUAAAUAUUUGCUUUCUAAUCCUAUUAAAUAAGUUAAAUAUUUCCAUAUUCGUAAAAGUAAAGUACUCAGCACACUUGCUAGAUGGGGUAAUAUUAGCUGUAAGGGCCACGGGAUGCCAUUGGUACGUGCCUUGCGCAAAGUGAUACACAACCGUAGCAGUAGCUUUUAAGGCGUUUCGUGUAAUUUAGCUUGUACGACAGACGAAUAUAGCCUCAAAAACAUAGACAAAUGUCCUAAGUAGUUAAGUCAAUCGGAUGUUUAAUAAUUUGAUUCGCUUUUUGUCAUCCGUGCUCAACACAUCGUGCCUUUGCUGACAGAUAAAAUGUUAAGACGAAUUCACACCAAUUCCGCUACGUAGUUGCCGUACUACCUACGCCUAAUGAGAAGCCAGGUGGUCGGCCCGACCUUUCGCUGCAGCUGUGAUCACGUCCUUGUGCUUUUGCGAUCUUAUUGUCAUAUUACGAUUUCACGUUCAUCGUUGCUUAAGCGGUGCUGGUGUGUUUUAUGUCUUAUUUUGAAAUACCUUGCACAUAUAUGAGAAAUAUUAUAGUAGAUAUGUAUCGUUAGGUUUAGAUUCCGAAAUGAUCAUCGCGAAGUACUUACUAUACACGUAGAACAGCGUCAUAAUGUCGCGUGUAGUCGGUGUAGCUCGUAGGUUCAGAGGCGCUCUCGUAUUUAUAAUACCGUAAGUGUGGCCACUUUUUAAUUACUUCUCUUUGGUACAACUUCAUACACACAUCUUUACUAGGUGGUAGGGCUUUAUGCAGGCACGUCUCGGUAGGUACCCACUCAUAAGAUAUUCUACCGCUAAACAGCAAUACUUAUUAUUGUUGCAUUCCGGUUUUAAUUGUGAAUGAGCCAGUGUAACUACAGGCACAAGGGACAUAAAAUCUUCGUUCCCAAGGUUGGUGGCGCAUUGGCGAUGUAAAGAAUGGUUAAUAUUUCUUGCAUCGCCAAUGUCUCUGGACGGUGGUAACCACUUAACCACUUUGCCAGUACGGCUACAUAUAAUAUAAAAAACAAGUAUCGUCUUCGUAUCCAUCGUGUAUCAAUUUAAUAUUAGAUUAUAUUUAAAGGUAAGCUUAUCACUGAAUCUUUUGUCUCUCAACUUAUUUAUCACUUAGUGUUUGUUAAAUAUUUACUUUACACGUAGAUUGAGUGACUAGUUACUAUGUACUUUUUUAUAGAAUAUGAAAAGUCUACUCGAUCUUUAGCUUAAAGUUUGCGUCAGUUGACUUUCUCUAUGUGAUAGGUGAAAUUAAACUUUAGGGGCGGAUUUUAUGUAGGAUGAUGGAUGAGAUGGACAUUUGAGUGAUAUCAACCGCAUGCUACUAAUAUGAUUCAAAUGAUUAAAUUUCUAUUAUUCGAUAUUGGAAAAUUAAAUUUCAUAGUUUUGACCGUCAUACAAAAAAUAAUUUAAGUCAGGUUCUCAUUUUCUUCGGAUAUACCUAAGAAUAUAAUUAGAUUUUUUUUCAGACUACUAUUCUACUUCUAUACUUUCUUACCCAAGAAAAAUAUUUUCUGGUGGAGACAGUGUUUGGUAUUCUACGGUGUGUGAUGUUGUAUCUAGAUCUUGAAAGUUUGAUACUGUGUGUAGUGCAGAAUAGAAUCGUAACCAUGUAUUUAAAUAUAAUCGCUAAUUUAGUUUUUGACACAUAAAAAUUAUAUUUGUGUUCAAGCACUUUUUUGGUGAAGCUACAAUAAAAUAUUCAUUAUGAUAAAUAUUUAAAAACAUAGAUUUUAGUCGGUAACAGCCUGUGAAUGUCCCACCGCUGGGCUAAUGCCUCCUCUCCCUUUUUGAGGAGAAGGUUUGGAGCUUAUUCCAAGAUUUUAGUCAUUGUAUUUUUAUUGUAAUAUAUAAUAUUAUUUUUGAGCAUGACAUUAGAAAAAUAAUUUUUUUAACACAUAUAUUUCAAAUAAACUAAGAUUGUUCAUUGAUAUUUUAAUAGGCUAUAUUUGCUAUUCGACUUUACUUAUACAUACAAUCAAACUAAUUAAAACAGGAAUUUAGCUUAAUAUUUUAUUCAAAAAAACAUUUAAUAUCGCUUAAAAGUCUGAACUAAAAAAUAUAGCCAAUACAAUGUCAGCAUGAAAUUAUCCAAUGCUGUUGCAGCAACACGGCUUCGCUAAAAUAAUAAUAUGAAAUAAAUAUAUAAGACGUACUUUCUCAAGAUGUUGUGAAUUUAGCAGGGGACUUCUAAGAUCGCAACAUCUGUGGGUUUAUAUAUAUCGCAAGUACGUGGAAUUUGUCACAGUAAAAUAACAGGCAUUAAAUGCUGUUUAUUAUUGAAAAGAAUAAACGCAGGUCUAACUAGUUAUUAAUAGUUUUAGGUAAACGUAGGUGUACCUAGUUUCUUUAACCAAUGUCUUUUAAUAUUAUUAUUAUGGUGUGGUACUUGAGCACAAUAGAAGUAUCUGUAUGGUGGACUUAUGGUAAAAAGGAUAAAAUUCAAUGAAAAAAUUUGGUGACGUAACGGUUAAAAUUUUCUAAUCAAAUCAAAUUUUAAAUUCAAUUUAAAUUUGAUGUGAUAAGAAAAUUGUCUUCGUGUUUAUAUUUCUUUAAUUGAUUUGGUUAUUGUGGCCGAAAGGCACGGUCACUAAUUGGUAAAGUUUUAUCUUUGUUAUGUAACCACGGUUCAUAGACAACCUAAAUGACACCUAAAUUCUGUGCUGUGUAAUUUGUUCUCACCGCACAAUGUGCUUUUUAUUAUAUUAUUUAGUUUAUUAUAGGAAAGAAGACAAUAUUAUCUGCGACAUUUUUAUGAAACUUUUAUUUUAAUAUUAUAAACAAUAGGACAUAUAUUCAAGAUCUUUAAGAUUUUCUAUUGAACUGAAUUCUUAUUAAAUUUUAUAUAACUCAAAAUUGAAUUUACCUAAUUAAUAUACUGAAUACCUUUACUCGGUAACCUUCAAUAGAAAAUAAGCUCACUGCUUAGUUCCUCUGAUUUAUUUCGUCCAAUUAUUGAAGGAAUAAUAUUUUUCUUAACUACUGAAUAUCAGUCCUAUUUCCAACAAUGUAAAAUUGUCGUUUCUAAAAUAUUGUAACAAAUCAUCGUUCUUGUAAAAAAAAUAAACGUAUUAUAAACCGUAUGUGUAACGGGUGACAUAAACGUAGCAAUAUGAUAUUAAAUAACUUUGAGAAGAAUUACCUACCUUGCAAAGUCAAAAUGCUAUCGUUAACUACCGUUACAUAUGGGGAAGUCAUUUUGUCUAAUGUCACCAAACGGUUAAUAAAUGUAAUAUAAAAAUAA